AGUCCGUUGAGCUCUGGCAGUCGAGAUGGAGGAGGGCGAGUACGAGUCGGUUCUCUGUGUCAAGCCAGAGGUCCACGUCUACCGCAUCCCGCCGCGGGCCACCAACCGUGGCUACAGGGCCUCGGAAUGGCAACUGGACCAGCCUUCGUGGAGUGGCCGGCUGCGGAUCACUGCAAAAGGGAAGGUGGCCUACAUCAAGCUGGAGGACAAGACCUCAGGAGAGCUCUUCGCACAGGCCCCAGUGGACCAGUUUCCUGGCAGUGCUGUAGAGAGUGUGACUGAUUCCAGCAGGUACUUCGUUGUCCGCAUUGAAGAUGGAAACGGGCGACGUGCUUUUAUUGGGAUUGGCUUUGGAGACCGAGGGGAUGCCUUUGACUUCAACGUGGCAUUACAGGACCAUUUCAAGUGGGUGAAGCAGCAGAGUGAGUUUGCAAAGCAAGCCCAGAACCCAGAUGAAGGCCCCAAAUUGGACCUGGGCUUCAAGGAGGGCCAGACCAUCAAGAUCAACAUCGCAAACAUGAGAAAGAAGGAAGGAGCAGCUGGGACCCCAAGAGCCAGGCCCACCAGCACAGGAGGCCUGAGCCUGCUUCCCCCUCCUCCAGGGGUCAAGACCCCCAUCCUUAUCCCUCCUCCUAGGGAGCAGUUGUCUGUGGGGGGCUCUCUGGUUCAGCCAGCAGUUGUUUCUGGUUCAGGAGGUGCUGCAGAAUCCUGGCCACAAUCUAAGCCUGCUGCCGCUGCCACUGCUGAUGUCUGGGGUGACUUCACCAAAUCCCCAGGGACGCCUUCCAGCCAGUCUCAGCCAGGCACGGGCUGGGUCCAAUUUUGACCUGCCCAACUUUUUCCUCAGCUGACUUCUGUGAAGGAGCUGCCACAUCCAGGCCCAAGGAAGGAGGCAAAGUGCUCCCUGGCUGGCCCCUGGGGCAUCGCUGUCCUCUCCUUGCCAGGCUCUCUUGACAACCUGAGCCUGACUGACAAGAAGCAGUGAAUUGGCACCAUGCCACACUGUUGCUGGGACUCAGGUGCUGCACUGCCAGAAGACAGGAGCAAACACUCCAGGGCUCCCACACCCAUCGCCCUCCUCACUGAGGGACCCAGACUUCUUCCAUCAAGGACCUUAUUAAACGCAGCCCCCAAAGCACAGAAUGGGUUGAGUUUGUGGCCUGGGUUCAGUUCUGCCUCUCGGGUUGGCAGGUAGCCCACAUUCACUGUUGGGCAGGGGACUUCCUGCACUCUGUCAUAGGAGCCAUCCGAUGCCUUCCAGAGGAGGCCUUCCUGGCUGCCAGCCAGUCUCUGAGCUGCAGUGGAGUGGGCUGUCAGGGACACCAGAAGGAUUAAACAGCUUUUUGAAAAUGUUGACACAUUGCUCUGCUAAUAUGCUGACCCGCACUAAUGCUCCCUUGCAAAGGACCCGCUGACAUACUCUUCUCCCUGCCUGAGCCCCGCAGGAAGCAGUGGGAGUCCGCCUGCACACCUGGCUCUCGUCUUCCUCUGGUGGGGCAGGCUCUGGAAGCCAGCUGGGCAGUGUUGUGGGGAAGUUGAAGCACAGAUGGAGCCAGCGCGCCUGUCUUCUGGGUCUGCUCGGGCUCACGGGUUCAUGGUAUAGCUGGCCCACUUGACUUUUCCCUGGUGGCUCCUGGAGGGAUGUGUCUGUGGGCAGUCUCGUUUGUUUGUUGUUUGUUUGUUUCCCUUCAGAGACUGACAGAAGGAGCUCUGUCAGCUGGAAGUCCGGGCCAUCAGGAUUAAUUCAUAAGAAAUUGCCGUCUCUUCAGUGAACCUCAUGCUCAAGUUUCUUUAUAGACUUAACCUUACCUUCAGUUGAAAGGUUUCUUUUUUGAAGGGUCAAGACUGUGCUGACCUCGUGGGACCAGAGUUUUAAAGAUGAAAAAAAUAAAUGUUUUUACUUGUGUACUACA